ACGCGACUUCGCAAGGAUCGUUCGGCUGAUGAGGCAUCGACGAACACACUGUCCACGUCUUAAAAUCUGGUUUUUGAGGCCGAUAAAAUGAAGAAACAGUUCAAUCGGAUGAAACAGCUCGCCAAUCAAACCGUUGGCAGAGCAGAGAAAACAGAAGUCCUCAGUGAUGACCUGUUGCAGAUUGAGCGCCGUAUGGAGCUGGUGCGAGUGGUUUCACACAACACGCAUAAAAAAAUGGCGUCAUGUUUGCAGGGGCAGAUCGGCACAGAUGCUGAGAAGAGACACAAAAAGCUUCCACUGACUGCUUUAUCGCAGGCUAUGCAGGACGGUGGGAGUCAGCUGGGGGAGGAGUCUCUGAUUGGGAAAAUGAUGGAUUUGUGCGGAGAUGCGGAGAACAGACUGGCGUCUGAGCUGAUGCAGCACGAGGUGCAGAUUGAGAAGGACAUCUUGGACCCUCUCAAUCAGCUAGCAGAGCUGGACAUUCCUAACAUCCUUAAACAGAGACGGCAGUUAGCCAAGAUGGUGCUGGACUAUGACUCUGCCCGAGCAAGGUGGUUGCAGGCGACCAAGUCGAUAAUCUCAGGAACAAACACACAAGCACUGACAGCCAAAGCGGACUCGCUUAAAGAAGAGGUUGAUGAAGCUAUGAACAAAAUGGAGCUGUGUAAGGAUCAGCUCUCUGCAGACAUGUACAAUUUCUUCUCAAAGGAGGCAGACUAUGCCCGAUAUUAUGUUAUGUUAUUAGAGGGACAAGCGGAUUACCACCGAAAAUCUCUCACCUUGCUAGAGAGCAUCCUGCCCACCAUUCAAGCUCAACAAGAUUCAUGGACUGAGAAGCCAGCGUUUGGUACAGCCCUGGAUGAGCACCUGAAGCGCAGUGGCAGAGAGAUAGCGCUCCCAUUAGAGGCCUGCGUCAUGAUGCUACUGGAGACUGGAAUGAAAGAGGAGGGUCUUUUCCGAAUAGCAGCAGGAGCCUCUAAACUGAAGAAGCUGAAGGCAGCACUGGACUGCUUCACCUCACAGCUGGAGGAGUUUUACUCCGACCCACAUGCUGUUGCUGGGGCAUUAAAGUCAUAUCUGAGAGAAUUGCCUGAACCUUUGAUGACGUACCAGCUGUAUGAUGAGUGGACACAGGCAUCCAACAUCCCGGACCCAGAUAAACGGUUACAAGCUUUGUGGGUCACCUGUGAUCAGUUACCAAAAAACAACAAGGCAAACUUCAGAUACCUUGUUAAAUUCCUUGCUAAGCUCGCACAGGAAAGUGACGUCAACAAAAUGACCCCCAGCAAUAUUGCCAUUGUCCUUGGACCUAAUCUACUGUGGGCCAAAACUGAAGGGAGCCUUGCAGAAAUGGCUGCUGCAACUUCUGUUCAUGUGGUGACGAUAAUUGAACCCAUCAUUCAACAUGCAGACUGGUUUUUCCCCGAAGAUGUGGAUUUUAACGUAUCUGGUAUGUUUUCAAUGCCCGCACCCCUGCCGAAUAAUGUCAACCACCUGACCCCACCCGAUUAUGACUCGGGCACUAUAGAGAGAAAGAGACCUGGUAGCAUGGUGUGUCCCGAUGGUGAAGUACCUCGAAAAGACAGCUCUGCUUAUAAAUUAAUGGACCACAUUCCUCGUAGAGGCUAUACUGUACUUAGAAAGCAGCACGCUUCACCUGCCUUCCAGCCCCCACUCCCCCCGGUGGAGCCUGCAGGUACUGCAGGGAGUCAGCCUGUGGCUGAACUCUCGCUCCAGCAGCCUGCGCAGGCAGGUCUGGGUUUAGAGGGUUGUCAGCCUGGGCUGGCUCUGGGGAUGGCUGCCCUGGCAGCAGCACAGCAGCUUCUAGCCCAGCAUACUGAGGAAAUAAGUUUGAAUAGCCGAGAGCCUGCGUCAACUCCUCCAGCUCAGCGCAAUGGCACUGGAGGAUCAGGACAACUGAGUGUGGGGACCCCUGUGGCUGGAUCUACAGGACCCAGUCCUCACAUGGCCCGCCGGGGUACAAAAAAGCCUGCCCCAGCUCCUCCUAAACCACCCAACCCACCACCAGGGCAACCAACCAAUCAGGCACCACCCCAAACCUCUACAGCCACCCCUCAAUCCCUUAGCCCCUCCCCUAGACCACUCUCUAGUUACUCACCCACCAAUCUGAGCCCCACACAACCACAGGCUCAAACCAACACAACUCCACGGCGGCACUCAAGCAACCAGCCUCUAAUCCAGGCCCCAAAUCACCCACCCCCCCAGCCUCCCUCACAAGCCACCCCACCUCCCCAAUCCAACGCUUUUGGGUCGAAUCCUGAUGACCCAGGAGACGACCCUUCUCCUCCAAGCACACCCACCCCACCAAGCACGCCUCCACCCAUAGCGGUCUUUCCCGACAGUAUUGGCAUCACGACAGUACCCGCCGCUGCCCCGGUGUUUCAGUCAGGGUCUCUCCCUCGCCCGAGGCCGGUGCCUAAACCACGCAACAGACCCACCAUUCCCCCUCCUCCUCAGCCUCCGGCAACAGGAAGUGACAGCAAUGGAAUUUGCAGCUCUUCCUUCAAAACAAUGGAUUCGGGGAUGACUUUUAAAGGUCUAAGCCGAGCCUUUGUUCCUGACAUCGCUGUUGAGAAACCUGUUACCCAACUCAAGGACACAGAUCUGGACACGGAGAGCACUGUUCUUUAAAGAUGGCCUUGAAUCUGUCACCCUUUUUUUGCUUGAAAGGCUGCUCCUCACACCAUUACCAAAGUGUUUAUCGUCUUGGCUGUACUCUUCUAAUACUCUCAGCUUUAGGCAAUCCCGGUGGCACCAGGAAAACUGCCCCCCAGCACACCUUUUAAAAGCUGCCCGUUUAUUGCUACGGCAGGAUAAAAAACCUGUGUUGCAUGAGGAAUGUUAAUGUAAGGGACUGGUAUGUAUGGUAAUGGGGGAACAAUUGAAUUGUUGUGAGGUAGAUGUAGGUGAGUCUUAAAAUGGCCUUAACAGAUAUACAGAGCAAAUACUCAAAUGAAUAUGUGGAAGAUGAAAACUGUGGCUUUAUGAAUUGCCUGUGACUGCAGGUCUCCAGUCUGAACGCAUAUAUUAUGUGUGGGAAAAACCAUCAGUACAUUCCUAGAAGUUUGUCUUUUUUCAUGCAAUAUAUUGGUUUAAGGUGUAUAAAAAUGCCUAAGGAUACAUUUUUUGCACAGUUUAUGACGUCAUACUGGGGCAUUUAUAUGACUGGACCGAGAUAAAAUUAUGUGUCACUCUACACUUUGUAACAAGAAUACUGACCUGCAUAUGUCAAAGACAUUUCCGAUUUUUUCGAAUGAAAAAGGUCAACGCAUGUACUUAAGUGAUAUUCUGCAAUGGAAUUCAUAUAUUAUGGCUUUGUUUGUGUUUACCAGGACAAGAAAGUUUUUUGUUUCCCUCUUUUUAUUGCAGACAUGGUACCAAAGUGGGGAGAAUGUGCCACUUGGUUAUUCUUCAGUUGUAAUUUAGCUAAGAGCUGACAUUAUUGCUUACAUUUUUCUUGUAUAGUUUUUCUCAACACUGUUAUCAGUAUAAAAAAUGUUGUGUUGAGAUUGUGAUUUAGACUAGGUAAAUGGCUGUCUGAUCGCAAGAACCAACCAACGCCUAUGACUAGCACUGCUGAUGUACAAGCUGAUAUACGCUGCUCUUUGUUUGUUUGUUUAUUCUCACACUAUUAGGAUCUGUUUUCAUAUGAGAGAAAAAUGUAGGCAAUCGUGACCACUGUUAGCAUAUAUUUUCUCUUGCCUUUACCGUGCUGCCUUACCUAAGUACACUUACAAGAGCUACUUUACAAAGGGUUGGAAAAUAAACCGACUUUACACUUAUGAAACUAUAAAUGUUGAUGGUGUAUUUAAAGAGGUUAGAGGCUUUGUGCCUGAAGACUUUGUCUUUAAGGAAUUUAAAUAAAGAUUUAAAAAAUGCAUGGUAUAACUGCUUCGAACGGAAUUAAAAAAGUGAAACAGGAA